AGCACGUUACGAACCGUUCAACUUUUGCUGACAGGCUGAGUUUGUAUUGGUUGUAUUAUUUUAUUUGUCAACUCCAUACAAGAUGAAGUCUUGUGGGGUGAUAUUUCUGAUCGCCGUCGUUUAUCUCAGUCAGCUUAAAAAGAUCCGAGCUGACAUGCAAGAUCCAGUGGGAACAGUCCCUAUAACGAUUCCAGUCGGACCGGAUCAAGAGGGUCCAGCGUGCCGAACGUGCUGCCCCGCCGCAGUGCCCGCUGUCCGAGGCAAUCCCGGGCACAUGGGCCCGUCUGGUUUCCCCGGACUCCCCGGAGAACAGGGAGACCCGGGUUUAGACGGACUUAAAGGUACCACUGGAGCCCGUGGUGGUCUACCUGGGAAAAUCGGUGAGCCCGGACUUCGUGGAAAUCCAGGGAUUGGUCCAAAAGGAGUUGCGGGUCAGAUGGGAUUAGCAGGAUUCGUCGGACCGAAGGGGUUGCGGGGAGACUACGGGCCGAGAGGUUAUUCUAUAAAGGGAUAUCCCGGUUUUGACGGUCUUAACGGUGGACAAGGAAUGCCGGGUGAGCCUGGCCUCACCGGGUCUAAAGGAGACCGAGGAGACGGUAACGAAAAUCCCGGAGUAGUCUUCACCUUGCGCAGGAAGUCAUCAAUCUUCUCAACAUCUGACAACACCCGUCUCUCUUUCGAAGAGGUCAGAGUAGCUUCCCCGCCGGAUGCUGAGAUGAUCAAUUUAGACAUGGGGAUGUUCACAUGCCCACUGUCGGGCACUUACGUGUUCAUGUUUUCUGUUCUGAAAUCGUACGAGGACAACAACAAUUUGCGGGUUCAUCUUCACAAAAAUGAAGAGGACAUCGUGUCCGCAAAAACCACGGCCCCGGCUAGGAACUAUCAUCCGAUAGGUGGCAGCACAACGCUGGAUCUGGAACAGGGAGACACUGUGUUUCUGACUUUUUAUGGAUCUGUUCGUAAUGUUGAUUAUGUAACAGACACCAAUGAGUUCACAACAUUCAGUGGUUUUCUACUCCCCUAAAAUUAAACCACGGAGGGUACAAGUUGAAACGCUAGUGGUGGCAGCAGACUAUAAAGAGACAUCGCAACGUCCCAGUUUCUUGCAACAACUUAUUAUAAUCACAGUUGGUGACAAUGUUACAGAACAUUAUUUUUUUUUUUUAAGUGUUGAUCAUUUACCAAACAUGGCAUGCAUUUUUUUUUUUUUUAUAGAAAAUCUAAGUUUGCCACCAUUCGGCCGGGCCAACAAUGAAGUCAGCUGCCACAGCGUCUCCAAAAGUUUUCAUAAAAAUGACCAAUCCCGACGAGAAAUACUCACUUGGGAUUUUCUGGCUGAUUUUUACCGAUUGGCAAAUAUGUCGACGUAUCACUUUCAAUAUAUUGUUGCUUACAGCUUGAAAUAAGUAAUCCGUUUGAAUUAACAAGAUAAAUUAAUUAUAAAAUCAAUCGAUGUUACUGACGAAAAGCUUGAAAUUGGAGAACCUUCAAUUUCACCCCGGUACUCGAUGGCGAUGACGACACCAGACCAGCCUAAACAUUUCAGAAGAGGGAUAUGGGGUAAAGCAAAAAAAGACAAUACAAUAAAACUAAAGACUUAAAGAAAUAAUUUUAAACAUUUAAAACUAAUUACAGUCACGCUUGUGUCUUUAACUUUAUUACUUCUUCUUUUUUAAUCAAGUAAUAAACCACAAGGUA